UAUCGCGGAUUGAGGCACGCGUGUAUCAAGUCGUCAUGUUCACGGAACAGUUUUUCAACACGUACGUCAUAAGUCAAUAGGCCCGCACGCGUCGUGGACACACCCUUCCAACUGGAAACACUCGCCUCGCGUGGUUGUCGGCGCGCAUGCGUGCCCUUCUCUGCGUGCCGACCUCGUGGGCGUGUGCCCGGAGCCGCACGGGAGCGCGCAGGUGCCGCUGCUCAUGUGUGCGCAUCGUGACGUGCGCGCUCACGAGAGAAGCUAAUUGCCGUCUGACUUGAUCUUCCUCCAUCCUUCUCCCCCUCCUCAUCGUCAGCGUGGAGGCUGCGGCAGUGCGUGGAAGUAGCGAGCAUGCUGGAGGGCAAAGAACGAGGCGGAAAAUAAUCUGGUUUUUUUUUUUUUCUUUUUUCAUUUGAUUGUAUUUAUUUGGAUGUGGUGACGUGCUUGGUGGAGGCGACAUGUCAAACGCCAACAAGAGCAAAAAGGACAAAGAGAUCCUUGCGGACUACGAGAGUCAAGUGAAAGAUGUGCGGGCCCAGCUGGUGGAGCAGCAGCGCUGUCUGGAGCAGCAGACGGAGAUGCGCGUGCAGCUCCUCCAGGACCUGCAGGACUUCUUCCGCAAGAAGGCCGAGAUCGAGACCGAGUACUCGCGCAACCUGGAGAAGCUGGCCGAGAGGUUCAUGGCCAAGACGCGCAGCACCAAAGACCACCAGCAGUACAAGAAAGACCAGAACCUUCUGUCGCCUGUCAACUGCUGGUACCUGCUGCUCAACCAGGUGAGGAGGGAGAGCAAGGACCACGCCACGCUUGGCGACCUCUACUUGAACAACGUCAUCACUCGCCUCACGCACAUCAGCGAGGACUCGGCCCGCCUCCUCAAAAGGAGCAAGGAGAUCAUCUUCCAGCUUCAGGAGGAUCUCAUGAAGCUUCUCAACGAGCUCUACACCGUGAUGAAGAGCUACCACAUGUACCACGUGGAGACCAUCAACGCCGAGAGCAAGCUGCGCGAGGCCGAGCGGCAGGAGGGGCGAGUCAAGGGCGUAACGGGCGGCGCGGCCGAGCCCGUGUUCGGCUUGCGCAUGGAGGAACGCCACCAGAGGCGCAACGCCGCCCGCAAGAUGGAGAAGAUGCGCGAGAAGAGGAAGGCCAAAUACUCGGAGAACAAAGUGAAGACGCUGAAAGCGCGCAACGAGUACCUGCUGACUCUGGAGGCCACCAACGCCGCCGUCUUCAAGUACUACAUCCACGACCUGCCCGACAUCAUCGACUGCUGCGACCUGGGCUACCACUCCAGUCUGAGCCGGGCGCUGAGGACGUACCUGUCGGCCGAACUCAGCCUGGAGGCGUCCAGGCGCGCCGGUCUGGAGGUCCUGGAAGGCGCCGUGGAGGGUCUGGACCCCGCCCGGGACCGCCAACGUCUGCUGGGCCUCUACCCCAGCGCCUUCUGUCCGCCGCCCCGCUUCAGCUUCCAAGCCCACAUGGGCGACACGGUGAGCCAGAUCGCCUCCCAGCCGCAGGUGCAGGCGGAACUCACCUUGCGCCUCACGCAGCUGCAGACCCGCCUGGCGUCGCUUCAAAUAGAGAACGAAGAGGUGAAGAAGACGUGGGGCGCCACGCUGAGCGCCCUUCAGGACAUGACGGUGCUGGACGACUACGACGUCUCGCAGAGCUUCACCCACAGUCCGUCGUCCGAGUCGGUCAAGUCCAGCGUGUCGGACGGCUACCUGAACAAACCCAGCCUGGCCAAGAGGCGAGCCAACCAGCAGGAGACGGAACUCUUCUACUUCACCAAAUUCCGAGAGUACCUGGAGGGGAGCAACCUGGUGUCCAAGCUCCAAGCCAAACACGACGUCCUCAAGAAAGCCAUAGCCGAAGGUUACAGGGCCGAGCUGCUCACCACCAGUCGCGGGCGCAAGAACUCGCACAGCAAGCACCAGGACUCGAGCAAAGCCAUCCCUCUGCUGGUGGAGAGCUGCGUGCGCUACAUCAACCUCCACGGUCUCCAACACCAAGGCAUAUUCCGGGUGUCCGGUUCUCAAGUGGAGGUCAACGACAUCAAGAACUCCUUCGAGAGAGGUGACGACCCGCUGAUUGACGAGGAAAGCAACCGCGACAUCAACUCGGUGGCCGGCGUCUUAAAGCUGUACUUCCGCGGCCUGGAGAACCCGCUCUUCCCCAGCGACAGGUUCAACGACCUCAUCGCCUGCGUCCGUAUGGAGAACCUCUACGAGCGAGCCCAGUGCAUCCAAAAGAUCCUGGUGGGGGUCCCGAGGGCCACGCUGGUGGUGAUGCGCUACCUCUUCGCCUUCCUCAACCACCUGUCCAAGUACAGCGACGAGAACAUGAUGGACGCCGGGAACCUGGCUAUCGUCUUCGGGCCGACUCUGCUGCCCACCCCGGACUCUCUGGACCAGGUGGCCUGCCAGGCCCACGUCAACGAGGUGAUCAAGACGGUCAUCCUGCACCACGACAACAUUUUCCCCGACGCCAAGGAGCUGCCGGGGCCGCUCUACGAGACCUGCAUGACCGGCGAGCAGUACUGCGAGAGUCCUUUCAGCGAGCCGGGAGCUCUGGAGGAGACGGAGCCGGACGCCGGCACCGAGACCCAGACGAGCGACGAGGAGGGCGAGGCGGUCGAGGCGGUGGCCAGGUUCGACUACGUGGGGCGCUCUGGCCGCGAGCUGUCUUUCCAAAAGGGGGCCACGCUGCUGCUCUACCAGCGCGCCUCACACGACUGGUGGGAGGGGCGCCACAACGGCAAGCGCGGCCUGGUGCCGCAUCAGUACGUCGCGGUCAAGGACAGGGGUGACGCCACGUCAGACGCCAUGAGCCAAAAAGCCGACAGCGACGGCGGGAGCAGCAGCAGCACCACCGAGGACAAGAGGUCCAUCCGAGACCUGCGCUCGCCCACCGACGUGCGAGUGCCCGAGUCGUACCACAGUCACAGGAGGAAGCGAACCGAGGGUCUAUUCCGACGCCCGCUGGGCCGCUCCGCCGACUGCCACGGCAACGGGGCGGUGAUGGAGCGCGGCUCGCCCCCGGUGACGGGUCACUUCAGCCCCCGGGACCUGCUGCUGGGGCGCGGCCAGGGCCCGACGCCGCCGCCGCCGCCGGACAGCCCCGAGCGCCGCCGCCGCUCGGCCGGCGUGACCGUCGCCCGGCGCGAUUCGCUGCGGCGUCCCGAGGACACGCCCGUCCGCCGGGCGAGCGGCAGCCUGCACGGCAGCAGCCUGCACGGCGGCAGCCUGCACAGCGGCAGCCUGCACGGCUUUGACUCGCAUCGCACCAGAGCCGCCGACAGCGGCACGCUGGCUCAGGAUAUCGAGGAGACGGUGAGCGUGGUCCUGGGGGACUACCGGCUGCUGGAGCGUCAGGCCCGCAGGCCGGCUCCGGACGUGGUCCUGGACACCCUGGAACAGGUGAAGAACGGCCCACCGGGCCCCUGCUCCUCCGAGUCGCCGAGCCCCCACAGCACGCCCAGCACGCCCGGCACCCCCGGCACCCCGGGGACCCCCGGCACGCCGAGCCCGCUCGGGCCCCUCAGUCCCGUCAGCCCUCUGCCGGGCCCCCCGCCCAGGCCGGCCGACCCGUCUCCGGAAGCCUUCAAGGCCGUGUCGGCGGGCGCUCGGACGGGGGUCCCGCCUCGGCCCCCCGCCCUGAGGCCCAAACCGGCCGUGCUGCCCAAGAGCAGCACGCCGCCUCUCCCCCCGCCGCCGCCCGCCGACAAAUCCUGCACCAUGUGAGCCAAAGUGGGCCCACCUCGAGGAGAACAGGGUACCAACCGCCAAGCAUUUUGCAACUCGGACGAGUGAGGGUCGGAAAGGCGCUUCGGCGUCCCGCGUAAGAAUACCUAUUAAUCCUAACUAGAGAAUGCGUAGAAAAAUUGCGUGUGAAUGCUGAAGAGCUGAACUGCAGUAGAAUGACGUGAAACGUAGACAAGUAGGAACUUUGCAAAUACACAUUCAUAUUUGAUGUACAAAGGCACUCGAUUGCUCGUACGGAAAUGAACGGAAAUACUCGGAAGUCAAGGUAGCGGGGGAAAUGGCUCAAUGUGGCUGUGACGUGUAUUUCUAUCAUCGAUACUUUGCUUUUCUUUGCAACUAUUCUCGAAAAGCGGAACCUGUCUUCUCUUCUCUUCAUGUUGUACAGAAGCAUUUAGUAGGCGCGGUAGUUCGAGUCAAGUGAAUGUUGGACCGGGCCACGGUGCUCUCUCUUUCUCUCCUAUUGAAUCUUGUUUUUUUCUACUCAGUUCUGCUGCUAAAACCCACAAAGGUCCAGCUAAUUACUUAACAAAUGAAUGUUUAUAACGACUGUUCAUCUAUUGAAUGUUACUUCCGAACUUUAAGAGCCUUCUUCUUUAUGGGGUGAGAUGUUCAUACAGGGUGCCGUGCUUGGGAGGGAACCUUUAUGGUGUGUGUGUGUGCGUGUGCGUGCGUGCUUGUGUGCGUGUGUACCACUUGCCUUGGGCUUGCGCACGCAGCUCGACUCAAGUAG